CGACAUAAAAACAGUACAAUUUAUAACUUUAAUUGUUUUGAUAAACAUUGGAAAAACAGUAAAAAAUCAAACACUUUAUGUCCAACUGAUUUGAGUUCAUCUGAAAAAGUAUUAAUUCCAUCAUUUCUAUCAAAAUUAAUAAACAAACAAACUGUUAAUAUAACUAAAACAAAAUUAUCGACAAAUUUGUACAUGGUACUAUUUAAAACAUAUGGCUUCUCAUAUUUAUCAAUUAGUUUACUGUUUAUUAUAGCCUCCUGUAUACGAGUGGCACAACCAAUAGUUAUCCGAUUAAUGAUUCGUUUUACGGAAGACCCGGCUGAGCCUCAAUGGCACGGAUAUGUCUAUACUAUACUAUUGAUUGCAAUAAAUAUGAUCUAUUCAUUUACGUUUAGUUUUUAUAUGCAAAAAACACAAACUAUCGGACAACGAAUAACAUCGUGUCUGACAUCAGCCGUAUAUCGCAAAUCUCUUGUAUUAAACUAUAAUAAUAGCAAAAGUCAAAUAACUAACGGAGAGAUUAUUAGUUUAAUGUCCAUCGAUUGCACCCGAUUUGCGGAUGAACUCAAUUUUAUGAUAUUUAUUUUGGUAUCUCCGGUACAAAUUGUUGUUAUAUUUGCCUUACUUUACAACGAGUUAGGAGUGUCCGCAUUUGCGGGUUUGGGCAUAAUUUUACUAUUAUAUAUCAUUUGUACCGUUGUAUCGAAAUAUGUGAAACAGUUUAUUAUUAAACAAAUGAAAAUUAAAGACCAACGCAUUCAACUUACAAAUGAUAUAUUAAACGGCAUUAAAGUGGCAAAAUUAUAUGCGUGGGAGGAGGCGUUUUACAAAAUAUUAACUAAAUUACGGUCCAAAGAGAUCGGCCAAUUGCGUUGGGCCACUAUGUUGGACAUUACCUACAUUAUACUGGGCUCGUGUGCACCCUAUUGGAUAAUGUUUGUAUCGUUGGUCACAUAUAUCUAUGUGGACUCUGGACACCAAUUGAAUGCUGAAAAUUUAUUUGUCUCAUUGUCUUUAUGUCAAUUUAUUAAAUACAGUCUAAAUUAUUUACCAUUUGGGGUUAAGUCAUUGAUAUCGAAUACGGUAGCCAUUAAACGAUUGAAUAAUUUUCUUAAUUUAGACAUUAAAAGUGAUUUUGUCAAUCAUAAUGAAGAUCAGUAUAGAGUUAGAGUGGAAAACGGAUCAUUCAGUUGGACAACAAUUAACAAUCAUUUAAAUAACAAUACGUUUACAUUGAAUGAUAUUAAUUUAAAAAUAGCGGAUAAAGCGUUUGUAGCAGUUGUAGGAAAUGUCGGUUCGGGUAAAAGUUCAUUACUAGCGGCACUGUUUGGUGAAAUGGAAAGAUUAUCGGGAAAUGUCAAUAUAAAAAUUGGUACCAAAAUAGCGUACGUUCCCCAACAGGCGUGGAUACAAAAUGCAUCGCUAAAAAACAAUAUAUUGUUUGACAAAACAUUGGAUAAUGAAUUAUAUCAGAAAGUUAUACAGUGUUGUGCUCUCAGUCAGGAUUUAAGACAACUGUCCGCUGGAGAUGAAACAGAAAUCGGAGAAAAGGGUAUUAAUUUGAGCGGAGGUCAGAAACAGAGAGUCAGUUUAGCCCGAGCUGUGUAUUCCGAUGCCGAUCUAUACCUACUCGACGACCCCCUCAGUGCAGUUGACUCACAUGUGGGCAAACAUAUUAUGAAUGAAGUAUUGGAUUCAAGAACUGGUUUAUUAAAAAAUAAAACACGAAUUCUUGUGACAAAUCAAUUGUUUGUUUUGCCAAAUGUUGAUCUAAUUGUUGUCUUAAAAGAUGGAAAAAUCAGUUCAAUUGGUUCUUAUGAUUACUUAAUCAAAGAAGAUCAUGAGUUUUCAGAUUUAGUAAAACUUUAUUCAGUAGAGGAAAACAAUAAUGAAGAUAAAACAGAUAAAAAUGAUAAUAAAAACGAUAAUAAUAAUAAUAUUUUAAAACAAAAUAUUGUUGAAACAAACAAUGAAAAUAAACAACUCAUUGAUGAGGAAUACAUAGAAGAUGGAGAAAUCAAAUUCAAAGUUUAUCUAAACUAUGCUAAAGAAAUGACUAUAAUAUUGUCGACACUAAUGUUAAUAUUAUUUAUGGCAUCAAAUGUUUUUAUAAUUGGGAUUAAUCUUUGGCUCAACCGUUGGAGUAAACAUACCGGUGUUCAUCAACAAUAUAGCUAUCAAUUGAUAAUUUUAGCAGUUUUAACCAUCUGUCAGAUGUUAACACUAUUUAUUGGUAGAUAUAGUCUGAUAAUCGGUUCAUUGGUUGCAUCAAAACGUAUGCACAAUAAGAUGUUGUGGUCUGUAAUGAGAUCUCCGAUGAAGUUCUUCGAUACGACACCUUUGGGACGGAUUGUCAAUAGAUUUAGUAAAGACGUCGACACUAUAGAUACGUUUAGUCAUUUUAUAUUAGGAUUUGUUUUAGAUUUUGUAUUGCAAUGCAUUGCAUCGAUAAUAAUCAUAUCAAUAAAAACUCCAUUAUUUAUUGCACCACUAGUUGUGAUGUGUUUUGUUUUUUGCAUAUUUCAGCAUUAUUACACAAAAUUAUCAUGUCAACUUAAACGAUUUGAGUCAAUCAAUAGGUCACCAAUUUAUGCAUAUUUUAGUGAAACUAUAAACGGAUUGUCAAGUAUUAGAGCGUAUGGAUGUAGUGAUAGAUUUAUUAAACAAUUAGAAAAAAAGGUCGACACUUACCUGUCGUGUCUCUAUCCGUAUGUGUCGGCAAACAAUUGGCUUCAAAUACGAAUCGACUUAAUAUCAAGUAUUUUAGUAUUUUUUGUCGGACUGUUUGUUAUAUUAAAAAGAGAGACAUUUCAAGGCGGAGACACUGGUAUGUCAUUAGCAAAUGUUGUUUGCCUAUCCGUCUCUUUCAGCUUUAUUGGUAGACUUAUUACACAAUUUGAGGACAGUAUGGUAUCGUUUGAAAGAUUAGAUGAAUAUUGUAAACUUAAACCCGAAGCUGAAUGGAAAUCAAACAAUCAAUUACCUGAAAAUUGGCCAAACAUGGGAUGUAUUGACUUUCAAAAGUAUAGCACAAAAUAUAGAGAAGGAUUAGAUUUAGUUUUAAAUAAAAUAGAUAUAAUAAUAAAAGCGGGAGAAAAGAUCGGAAUUGUUGGCCGAACCGGUGCCGGGAAGUCAUCACUAACUUUAGCAUUAUUUAGACUAAUAGAGUCAGUUUCUGGAAAGAUUGUCAUCGAUGGCAUAGAUAUAAGUCAAUUAAGUCUUCAAGAGUUAAGRUCUCGYCUAACAAUCAUACCUCAGGAUCCGGUAUUGUUUUCGGGAACCAUUCGCUCWAAUUUAGAUCCGUUUGAAAAGUCUUCAGACAAUGACUUAUGGAAAGCAUUAGAGAACUCACAUCUCAAGUCAUUUAUUAAAUCACAAGACAAAGGACUCGAUUAUCACGUGUCUGAAGGCGGAGACAACUUGAGUGUUGGUCAGCGCCAACUCAUAUGUCUGGCUCGUGCUUUGCUCCGACACACGGCUGUCCUCAUACUCGAUGAGGCCACGGCUGCGGUGGACGUGGAGACCGAUGCACUCAUACAACAAACCAUUAGACAWGAGUUCAAGUUAUGUACUGUCAUUACAAUAGCUCACAGACUGAACACAAUUAUGGAUUCAGACCGUGUGUUAGUGCUUAACGAGGGACGGGUGGCUGAGUUUGAUUCACCUAAUAAUCUACUUAUUGAUAAUCAAACAAUUUUUUACUCUUUGGCCAAAGAUGCCGGACUCGUAUAA